UCCAUCUGCGAAGCAAGGGUGUUGGUGGUGGGAUUAGGCGAAGGGUGUCAGCAAUAAAUUGCAUGUGGUGUUGAAAGAAGCGGAGGUGGAGGAGGAGGAGAGGGGGUUAAAGAGAGAGAGAAAAAAAUACCCCACACGAAACGCAAACAAUAAUAACAUGGACAAUUCUGGCAAAGAGAAAGAAGCCAUGCAACUGAUGGCUGAUGCUGAAAAGAAGGUGAAAUCAUCGCAUUCCUUCCUCGGAGGUUUAUUCGGAGGCAACACAAGAGUAGAAGAGGCAUGUGAAAUGUUUGCCAGAGCUGCAAACAUGUUCAAGAUGGCUAAAAACUGGAGCGCUGCGGGGAAUGCAUUUUGCCAAGCAGCCAAACUGCAUCUACAGUUACAAAGCAAACAUGAUGCUGCCACCAGUUUUGUGGAUGCUGGGAACGCAUACAAGAAGGCAGAUCCACAAGAGGCCAUCAGCUGCUUAAAUGCCGCCAUUGACAUAUACACAGAUAUGGGGAGAUUUACAAUUGCAGCAAAACACCACAUUACUAUUGCAGAAAUUUAUGAAGCUGAACUGGUAGACAUUGAAAAGGCUAUUGCUCACUAUGAACAAGCUGCAGAUUACUAUAAAGGAGAAGAAUCAAACAGUUCUGCUAACAAGUGUCUGCUGAAAGUGGCUGCAUACGCAGCACAGCUAGAGCAGUAUCAGAAGGCAAUAGAAAUCUAUGAGCAGGUUGGAACCAAUACCAUGGACAACCCAUUGCUGAAAUAUAGCGCAAAGGAAUAUUUCUUUAAAGCAGCACUGUGCCAUUUUAUUGUGGAUGAGCUGAAUGCUAAGCUUGCUCUGGAGAAGUAUGAAGAGAUGUUUCCAGCAUUUUCAGAUUCACGAGAAUGCAAACUUUUGAAGAAAUUGCUUGAAGCUCAUGAGGAACAAAAUGGUGACGCUUACACCGAAGCAGUGAAAGAAUUUGAUUCUAUAUCACGACUGGACCAGUGGCUGACGACAAUGUUGUUGCGCAUCAAAAAGUCUAUUCAUGGCGAAGGAGAUCUCAAGUGAAAGCUUUGCAUACAUUGAGGCAUCUUUCCAAAAUUGUGACAUGCUAUUGUGUGUACUGGGUUGUGGCAAACAUGGAUAUAUCUGUUUCAAUGUUAGUAGUUCAGUUUGUUUCCUUUCUGUAAUAUGCCAGAUUAAUGUAUCAUUCGACGAUAUUGUUUUUUGCCUAUUUUAUUGAUUAAUGUCCACUUUGGGAAACGAUCCCAGCCAUAAGCAUCACAGCACUAUGAAAAGUAUGGUUAAGACACCUUAACAUUCAUUUUUGCUUGUACACCAUUCUGAAUUCUAGUAAAAUUUCCUGUUUUGUGCUAGUGAAAGUCUAUCAAGCAGUAACUAAAUUCUGCAGCAAAGGAUUGCAAAGAAACUUGUGUUUGGUACUUAUGUUCUGAUGACUCUGGACAACCCUGAAAUUCAUAGCGCUAGUUCAUCCAGUGGCACUUCACUAACAAAAAAAACGUUGACAUUGUAGUGAUACAAAAUGUUCCAGUUGGAAAACUUAAUCUGCACUUUUGUUAGGAGUUGAUUUUUAUUUUAUAUGUAACCGGUUGCCAGGAUUUUUAGAUGACUAUAAUGAUACAAAGGAAAAGUUCAAUAUGUCAUUCAUUUUUAAUUUUGUAUUUUAAAAAAUGUUUUAUGUUAGCCAUACCAAUUAAGGUUAUGAAUUGAUCGGAGUGCAAACUGGCUAUUCUAUCUGACAUUUAGAAUUGUUCAAGAAUGUAUUCACACACAAUUAUUUCUAAGCUGUAAAUAUUCCUCAAGAUGACUGAAGUAGGUUUUUCUUUUAAUUGGCAUUAUUUUAACCAAUUAUUCCCUAACCAUAGGAUGCUCAUAGACAUGGUUGGACAGGUUUGUUUCAAACUGGUUAUGUAACAUAGUGGCAGCCACCAGUUGUUUCUGUUUACAAUGCAUAGUUGAUAAUGUGGAACCUUUUCCACAUUAUAAAAUUUAUAAAAUGUUUAAAUGGGUUGUAACUACUAGAUUGUUCUAUGUAAUGUUUUAUAUAAACAGAAGGCUGUUUUUGUAAAUCCAGAACUGAAUAUUUUGAAAGGCUUCCGCAAGUUUAUUCGCGUGUGUGUGUUUACAUAUGUAUACAUAACAAAGUUUAUAACAGCCUAAAAGUGUAUCUUGGGUCUAACGGUGUGCUGCUUUUUUGUUGCACAUGGGUGCAAGUCCAUCGUCGACACAAUAUUAGCCUGGGCAGGUGUUCAGCUGUGAACUAUUGUUGUUGGGAAUGCUUUUGCAAAACUUCUUGUAAAGUGAAGAUUCCUAGAGCAAAUGAUUCACUUGAUCCGUGUGUGAAACAUCUAGCUAUGUGAAAGGAAAGAUGCUGUAAUGAUGUUGUUAGAGUUUUGUUAUUCCACUACAAGCAAUUCAUGUAACAGGUGAUUCCACUGAUCAAAUAUUACCUCCCAUGUAUGUAUUUAAGCAAGCAGUAUUAUCCUUAAUGCUUUCAAGACUAAAUAAAUGCCACGCUACCAUUGACGUGUAGAGUUAGUAAGUUGAAUGGAGGACAAGAAAUAGCACCUCAGGGCAUGGAGAGAGGAGGAGAAACAGACAAAUUGAUUCAAAUUGUCCAGCUCCAUAAACUAUACUUCAUAAAAUAAAUACAUUCCAUCCUCAUCGCAAUCUUUAAAAGCCAAGCAAUCUAUAUACAAGCAUGCUCUCGUGGGUGGUUUGUAAAAAUAUCCUCAAGAAGCUGGCCAGUGUACUGAGUUGUUUCGUGGUUGUGAUGUACACAUUUUGAACAAAUACAUGACUGCAUUUAAUGUUUUGUUUUCUGCGUUUGUGAUACUGCGUCAUCGGACUUGAUCUUGAACUAAAGCCUUUAAUCUGUUGACCUGCAUUUAUGGCUUCAAACUUGGUUCUUCAGUGACAAUUUAAGACUUGACUCGAUGACUCGCGUUGCACAAAUAGGUGUUUUAUGUUUCAAAAUAUUAUAAUUUGUAAAAUGCAAAUACUGUGUACUGACAAAUGAACUCAGUACAGGUAUUGUGUAUUUUCAGUUCUGAACAAUUUCUCUAUAUUUCACUACUUUCAGAAUGGAAAUUGCAGGUCAAUCUUACAGCAAGAGGUUUUAAUGCCAACAGGGACUGAUUGCCCUCCAUGUUCACGCGUGCUUAUCCAAAUCUGUUUAGUUAUAUUUAGUGAUUUGUUUUAUGUUAUUUUGUGUCAAUGUUUUGUAAAUUGAUUUUUUAAAACUAAAUCCUCAACUGUUUAACCUAAAGAAUAUAGACUGAAUUAUUUAUUUUUGACAAGUGGAAAGAAACUAAAAGCUAUAUGUUUAGUUAAUUCGUAUAACUUGUACCUGUAAUUGGAUUGUGCGAAAGCAAAAACAUGAGUUACAAUAGUGCUGUGAAAAAUAACUUCUAGGUAUUGGACUAAAUUCUGGGUUCACUGUUCAAAUUGUUGCAAAGGCUCAAUUUUCAUUGAAAACAAUUCUUCAAACAUUUAAUUAGAAAUGUAGAUCAAACUUCCUUAUCAGACAUUCUAUUAAUGGUGGAUUUGAUUCUUAACUUUAAUUGCAGCUUUAAUUUAAUGCACAAUUAACUUUUUAUGCAUAGGACAAUAAAUAAGAAAAAUACAUUACUUUGAGAAUCUAAUGGAGAAACUAUGAAAUGCUGCAAAUGUCAAUAGUAUGUAAUCCAGUGAGUUGCAACCUGUACACACAAAUGUAGUAUUCAGGAUGAAGUAAUUUACAUAACUUCUCUUGCAUUCCUGAAAUAUGUCUCUUCAGUACUAUUGAAAAAUGGCUACCAAUUUGUUUUAUUGGAGGUUUUAGCAAAUUACUUUCAAAUUAGUAAAGUUCCAGCACUUGUUUUAAAGAAGUUGUUUUAAAGAUUGAGUUACUUUUUAAUUCCUGAGUUGACCAGAAACAUAAUGACCCACAGUUGUCAGCAACAUUUUUAUCUCUCACUUUUACAGUAGGAAUUGAGAAAUCCAGUCUUCUUCCCUACCCUUAAAAUCUAUAUCUACAGUUUCUUAACAAAUCUAAAUGGUAUUUGGUCUGAUGGUACAAAAAAAUGUUGCAGCAGAGGCCAAGCAAUUUAUAUACAGUGUCUCUUCCAAAUUCUGGCGCAGUAAUUGGCAAAAACAAGUGUAGCACUCAUCAGGCUAAGUAUGUAAUAUUGAAUUUUUUUUUUUACAUACCCAGCUGUAAAAUUGCAAAUAUAUUCAUAAUGGAUGACUUUAGUGUCAGAGUUAAACAGCACAGAAACAGGCCCUUGCCUGUGCUGGCCAUCAAGUACCUAUCUAUUCUAAUCCCAUUUUCCAGCACUUGGCCUGUAGCCUUCUAUGCUUCAUUUUAACAAGUAGUGAUCCAUAGCUCUUAUUUGAUUUAGUUGAAAAUUUUUGACAACUAUGGGAUAUGAUAGCUUUAACUAUGCCAUGGAAAGCCAAAGUGACUUUAGAUAGAUAGGGGUGAAAUUCCUUGUUAAUGCCAGUAAAAAAGGUAUUCUCACAGGGGAACUUCACCCACUUAACGUUUUAAGGAUUGGCUGUGGUAUACUGAUGACAAGAAGCUAGCUAAGGUAAUUUAAUGUACUUCCCCCUUCCAUCACCCUGGUUUAAAUUUAAAAUGAAGUCUUUUGUAUCUGCAAAGCUGUGUUUUCCUUUUUGUUAAUGACCAGCGAGUAUUUUGGCAGGAACUUCACUGACUUUUUCCCCAGUAUUUUACCCAGCCUAUUUGUAAUGGCACUGAGCUGUUGCCACUAUGUUGUGCAGAUUGUAUGCCUGAUGUUAGAUGUUAUGAAGUACUGUCUAUGUAAUUAUUUACAUGUAGCAUGUUAUGUCUCCAUAGGUGUUAACAAAUCUGUGAUUAUGUGCACUAGAAACUGUUUAAUAUCGAAUGCAUCAAGACAAUCUAGUCUUUGUGGUGUUUUGUCAGAUUUGCAGAACUGUGAAGACCAAUGAUUCUGAACAUUGGUCUGCUUUGGAAACAAAAAAUUCCUCCAUUAAAAUAAAAUAUCCUAUUAUCAAAA